CAGUAGUAUACAAAACGGUAUUAUACUGGUAACAUCUCAAAGAGUAGAGAGAUCAAAAUCAAAGCAAUGAAGAGAGGAUCUUGCAAGAGUCUUAGACUCACCGAUAUGAUGGAGAAGUGGAGGAAGUGGAAGAAAGGACACUUCGCUGUGUACACCAGAGAUGGCAGGAGGUUUGUUUUGCCGUUGGAUUAUCUGAAACAUCCAAUGUUUCAGGUCUUACUGGAGAUGGCAGAGGAAGAGUUUGGUUCCACCAUUUGUGGCCCUUUAAAGGUUCCUUGCGAUGGAGGUUUGAUGGAUCACAUUCUCAUGUUACUGAGAAAGAGGAGUUUGUCUGGCCAUGGUAAUGAUGAGAAUGAUGAUGAUUAUGAUGUGAAGAAGAACCUUGUUGUCUCGUCCGUGAGCAUGUCCUGCAAAGGAGCUUCAUCGGUUUCAUAUAUUUUCCCUCUCUUCCGUUGCAACGCAGCUCAUGAUCUGAACAAGUUUCAGUCUCUAGUUUUGUAAUACUUUUAUGCGUUGUGGAGAACGCUCUUACAGACGAAAGUCUUUUCUGUUUGUAUGUUUACACAGAGAAACAGAGUUUCUUUAUAAGUCUUGAAGUUUGUAUAUCAAUAUAUUCAGGUUUUA